CGAAAAACAACAUUAGUGGCCAAAGUCCCUGUGCGAUGCAAUAACCGCCCUUUCCGCAGGAAGACCGAAGCCCCGUUUCACCUUGAGAUUCCGAUUAUGAUGAUUUCACAAUAACGUUAGCACCCCAAUCAAGAUCUAACGCCCCCAUUCAUUCAAUUUCAAUUCCAGCAUUUACCUCUAACAAUUCGAUCCGAGCACUUUGGUUCCUGCUUCUAUCAUGUCUAUGUCGGACUCAGAUUGCUCGUCUCAUUGCGGCGAUUACAAGAAUUUCAGGCAAAUCAGCCGUGAGCGGUUGUUGCAUGAAAUGCUUCGAUCAGCCAAAACAGGGGAUUCAAAAUCUACUUGGAAGGUACUUAUCAUGGACAAAGUCACUGUCAAAGUAAUGUCUUACUCUUGCAAGAUGGCUGACAUCACAGAGGAAGGAGUGUCAUGUAAGCAGCUAGUGAUAUUCUUUGAAACUUAGGGGGCCUUGAUGAUCUAUUCAUGUU